UGGAACGCUGCCGCCUCGACCAUUUCCCGACCCAGCGCGUGGUUGCAGGAGGUGCGCGGUGGGGCCUUCUUCGGGGGACAAGACUUUGCAACAUCUGCUCUCGGAGGUUGAGUAGGCUAUUGGUGUCGAGUUGGGCAGAAGGAGGACUUGAGCGGAAGAGAAAAGGCUGAGACGCUGGCAGGUCGCAGCGUUCUUCCUUACUUUGAAACUAAAACAUUUACUGACUGAGGCUCGGCUUGGAUUUCUUUGCCGUAACUACUGGGAACAAAACGAUUGUAGAAUCGACUAUUCUCCAUCAACACGAAAUCCAGUGCCAAGCACUAACGGAGAGGAGGCGGAAGUAUCAUGUGUAAGCCAGUGUGUACAAGACCGAUCCCGGUCUUCCUCGUCUUGUCGACGUUAGCGGCACUGGGUCACUGCCGGCUGCCUAGCCUUGAAAUGCCCGGGUUCGUUGCUGUAAACCCGGACAGACCAGUUGUCUCUCACCCUGAUCAAAGAGUAUCAUGGAGCACCUGGUCACCGUGGAGUAGCUGCUCAGCUAGCUGCGGCGGAGGAUUGCAGAAGAGAAUACGCUUCUGCCCACGCCAGGAGCAGCACGAGCAUGGUUGCUAUGGCGCUGGUGUGCAGGUGCGCCGGUGUUCGCUGGUGCCGUGCUUCGGCCGGGGUCUGUUGGACUCGUGGUCUGCCUGGACGCAGUGGAGCUCGUGUUGUGGACAGCGUGAACAGCUGCGCACGCGCGCAUGCCGAGUGCGUAACAUGGACACACAGAAGGGCAGAUGCCACGGCAGCUCACUGGAGGUCCGCGCCUGCGACUCGUCUACUUGUAAUGAAAUGCAUGCCGUCGCAAGUAUCAACAUGAACGGUGUGGUUGGCAACAUCUCGUUCCGUCAGUCAUCACUCUCCUCCGCCGUCUCCAUCAAGAUAGACCUACACGGCGCUGGGCUGGAUGCACGCGGCAUCACCUGGCACGUGCACGAAUACCCACUGGACUACAGCACACUACCAGCACAGCAGUGCAUGGCAGAGUCAGUCGGCGGCCACUAUGACCCGUACCGCAAGGCUGGCCUAUCACAGUACGCCAUGCGCUGUGCAAGGAACGCUGCCGACUGCGAGACCGGCGAUCUAAGCGGACGACACGGCGAACUGACACUCGGUGCAGCCUACGAGGACCGUUUUCUUCAGCUACGAGGAAAGGAAAGCAUUGUAGGGCGAUCGCUUGUACUGCAUCGGCCGGAUGGAAGCCGCUGGGUAUGUGCUACCAUUCUACCGGCAAGUCCUGCAGGCGGUAACAACAUGCUGACUGCAGUCGCAAGAUUCACUGGUCCUGUCAUCGGUGGUACCAUCACCAUCCGUCAGCCCGCCGGUGAUCCAAAAGCAGACAGCACUGUCCUGGUGGACCUGUAUCGCACUGACGGUGCAGUGGUUGAUCCACUUCCUUACGUAUGGGGUCUGCACACCAGACCAGUAAUAGUGGCCAAUGACACUCUCCAUACAGACGUCAGUAUUCGCUGCCAGAGUGCUGGUUCUCGCUAUGAUCCCCUGGAUGCGCGGCAGAACGUGAACUAUGUACGAGAUUGCAAUAAUCGCCAGCCAGAGAACUGUGCGUUUGGUGACCUGUCCAGCAAGCAUGGUCGUCUGAGUGUUCCCAGCAGCGGUCAUUUGCGAGCCUUCUACACUGAUUCGUUCCUACCCCUGUCCGGACCAUAUCAUGUAGUCGGCCGUCCUCUUCUGAUCAGCGAUGGAGUGGGAGACAGCCAGCGGAUAGCGUGCUCUGACCUGCUCACUCUGGAGUCGCGCGAAAUGUCGGCCACGUUUGACAUGCAGGGAGUAAAGGGUGUGAUGGUCUUCUCCCAGCAGUCGCCGUGGGAUCCCACCUGGGUCACGCUCGACCUGAGUGGCCUGGCUGGCCAGGCCGCUGGCUAUCACGUGCAUGAGUUUCCGCGCUCCGUGCUCGGCACGGUGCAGUACGGGUCGGCCUGCAGUGCGCAGGAAGUCGGAGGGCACUGGAACCCGUUCCGGGCGCCGUUUCCGGUCACUGUGCCUCCUGGUUUUGCUAGCACGCCCGAUCUGUAUGAAGUUGGCGACUUGAGCGGUAAACACGGCUCUCUGGCCAAUCUACAGAGUGUCCAGCAAGAGAUGUAUGACGGGCAGCUGCCAUUGUUCGGACCUCACAGCAUUGCAGGUAGAUCAAUUGUGAUUCAUCGGAAUGCACCCAAUGCUCCACGCUGGGUGUGCGCAAACAUUGAAAUGCCGCAGACAGCCAAGCGCAUUGCAGUGGCACACUUCUAUGCGCCACUGGCAGGGACAAUCUACUUCCGACAGAUCGACGCCUUUGAAACGUCGGUGUUUGUGGAUCUGGCGCGUACCGAUGGCGGCCCUUCAUCAGCUGGCCAUCACUGGCACAUCCACGCCAAUCCAAUAGGUAAUGAUCGCUUUCCAAGUGUUGCACAGCGUUGUCAGUCUGCCAGUGGUCAUUACAAUCCGUUCAACGUGUCCGUAGCACAACUCACAUACAACUGCAAUGCUCAUGAUCAGAUGCGAUGUGAACUGGGCGACGCAUCCGGCAAAUCAUCACCGCUAGACUUCAUGGCGACCGGCAGCAAUAGGUUUGUCUACACUGACGUCUUCCUGCCGCUGCAAGGUCGCUUCUCCGUGCUCGGGCGCAGCGUUGUCGUUCACACUGCCAAUGCCGGUGCCCCUCGUUUGGCCUGCGCCACUAUUGAGCCGUACGCCGACCGGAAUGCGCAGGCGUCGUUUGGCAGAGCGGGCGUGUCCGGCUUCGUUUCCUUCCGGCAGGGUAGCCCAUUCUCGUCGACGGUGGUCACCGUGCAGCUGAGUGGUUUGCGUGGAAGAGCCAGUCACUAUGCACUGCACUACCUGCCCUCGGCCGAGCAGGCAAGCAGUGCAGUGGCCAUGGCAAGUCCACCAGUCACCACGCCACAGGAGUCGUGUAGUUUGACCACUAUAGGUCAGGUGUACAAUCCAAUGGGUGCUCGCUUUGAUAGUACAGUGGCGGCAAACACUGCCAGCAGUGCUAGCAAUGACAACAGCAAAACAUUCUCUGCAGAUACAGUAGCAAUAGGGCAGCUUUCCUGGAAGUUUGGUUCCCUGGAGCGCCUCACCGGGGUGGUUUCAUCAUUCGCCGACACGCACUACCUGCCGAUGUCAGGACCACUGAACUUUGUCGGCCGCUCCGUAUCACUUCAUGACCGGCAAGCCGAUACUCCAUGGGUCUGCAGCAAUGUGAACUACCUGGGCGGGCGGCUUGUCACGGCCGUGGCAAAGUUCACUGGUCACCUGCAGGGCGAAGUACGCUUUGAGCAAGUUGACAACUUACCUACCCAGAUCACUAUACGACUGCAGCACGCACUGCAAGCCAUCGCCACCGCCAGUCACCAGUGGACAAUCAACGUCAUGCCUGUAGGAACGGACGCUAUGGCAGUAGGCAACCAGCGAUGUAUGAGCGCUGGUCCCGUUCACAACCCAGCCAACGUCAGCGUGACCGACAGGCUGUACUUACGCCGCUGUAGUUCACUAUCGGCGACUUGUCAGCAAGGCGAUCUCUGGUACAAGCAUGGCAUGCUGAGAUUGGCCGGUUCACAGCAGCAGUCAUCGUUGAGGGUUCUACUGACUGAGGAGUUUGCACCACUCUCCGGACCAUUUUCAGUAAUUGGACGAUCAGUUGUCAUCAUGUCUCAGGAAAUGGGCGCGGAGCGAAUUGCCUGUGCAACGAUUCAGCAACAGUGAUUGCCUGAUUGGUCAUCUUGGGCCACCUCUACGUACGACUUUGUGUCUAUACCAUGGACAGCUGCAGCUGAAGAGGGAGGUGUUUCAAAGCGGCUGUGUACUACAGUAACGUGCUGCUGAUACACGGAGACUCCCUCGAUUUAGGCUAAGGCCUGUGGAGAAUCCAUAAAUACAAUUACAAUACAAUACAGGCUCAAGAGUCGGCAAAACCGAACAACUGACUUUGCAACCCCAUUAUAAUUACAUCUAGUAGCCACUCAAUGGGUGACAAGAAAGGUCUUCACCUAGCCGCGAAAUUUCACACCUUCAAAAACUAUUUUUGUUUCAAUCCUCGUCAUCACUGGCACUAGAAAGCGGAACUGCUCAGUGCUACUACUGCUAGCACACAGCAUACAUGCUAAGCUGCACAGUCAGCUGCUGUUACUGCACUAACGACGUCAGUGUUAGCAGUAUGCACUAUGCACCUGACACAUGAAUGGAAAAUACAUGCACAUCCAUGCAGUUACAUUGCAACAACUGUACUACAUGUAUCAUAGAGUUCACACUUCAAAGUACUAGUAACCUCAUAGUCACCUGUAGUGUUAGGCAUCCAUUAGGAAGAACAUCCAUAGAGCCUAGCAUGAAGCAUGUUCCUUGACAAUAACUCACCCGCCGCCAUUUCUCAUAAUUAUACAUAUAGCUGCCAGCAUGCAUUACGCUGUCAGUACUUUGAAGUAUUUUAUAUAAACUAAACUUGCUUUUAAUAGCUUGCACAUAAACCCAUGUAAUGACUAUGUAUUUGACGUUGAUUCCACGCAGACAGUAUCACAUACAUGUACUCAUGUAUCUGUACAACCUUCAUUUCUAGUGAACUGAA